AUGAGUCAUCCACCUCCCCCAUUUUCACUUCCUCCACAUCCACCACAUCCUUCAGCCUUUCCCUUCCCUCUUGAUCCAACAACUUUGGCUGCUUUUCAACCUUUUAUGGUUCAAGUUCAGACUGAACAUCGACGAAAAAAUGCGACAAGAGAAGUUACGGCACCCUUAAAGCAAUGGCUAAAUAUGCAUAGGAAGAAUCCUUAUCCUACAAAGGCUGAGAAGACUUUGCUGGCAGUGGUUUCCACCUGGUUUGCCAAUGCCCGUCGCCGUCUCAAAAAGGAAAAUAAAAUGGAAUGGUCCCCUAGAGAACGUCCAGAGGAUGAUUGUGAUGAGGGGGAUGGUGAAGAAGUUGAUGUGGAUACAGAAGAGAAUCAUCAUUCUCAAAACCAUCAACAACAAGGAAUGUCAGAUUUUUUGAUGUUAAUGAGUGGAAGACAUCAACAACAACAAAAUUUACUUGCCCAGCAACAAUGGGCCAUGUUUAAUGACCAAAAUAAGAAUGGAGGAAUUUCAGAAAUACAACAACUACCAAGUAAAAGUACAAGUCCAACCUCCUCUUCCAACAACCCUAAGGAUAAGGAAGAAGAUGAAAAUGAAGAGAAGAAGGUGAAUGGGGGGAUAAAUGAGAGAAGAGAGAAGAAGGUGGUUAAAAAAAGAAAAUUUUGGUCAAUUGCGGAUACUUUGGGAAAUGUAGAUGAUAAGAAGGAGGAAGAUAAGGAGGAGGAAGAAGGAGAGAUCAAUGGAUGUACUAAACAGCCUGAAUUUAGUAGAAAUGCGGUGUCGUUGUCUUCCUUUCAUUAUCUGAGGCCGGAAACGACCGAAAAGGUGGAUAUUUUUGGAAAACAUAUCUUAGAACUAGGGGGAGGAGGGAAAAUUCUUCGGAUAUCCGAACUGAACCGAGGAAGCGAACCAAAAAAUUCUCGGUUCUUCGGUUCGGUUCGGUCUAGUACCGACAACCCUACUCAGGACAAUUGAAAAAUCUUUAGGGAACAGAUCUCAUUCUGAAUUUAAAAUCCGAAGGGUAGGUGAACGAAAAGAAAUGUAUGAGG